ACAUCAGAAAAUGGAGAAAUUAACAUUUCCCAACUAAACAAUGCUUUUAAAUACAUAUUACAUAUUACAAUACCUGAUGAUGAGUUUGAAACACUAUUUAAAAAGAUGAACAGAAAGAGAGAUGGAAAUGUAACAUGGAAUGAAUUUAUUUCCUAUUUAUUAUUAGAAUUCCAGAAAAAGGAUACUGCCCUAUGUUGGCAGAUAAUGAAGCUUCCAAUAACAGAUGCACCUGAAUUAAUAAAAUCGCACCACCGUACACCUAUACAUAAAAUUGUAUUUUGUCCUGAGAUUCUCCAAGAUAGAACUGGAGGUUUUCAAAGAGGAUGUUAUUUAACAAUUACAAAAGAAGGAAUUGUGAAUUAUUGGUCACUGGAUCUAAAAUACGAGCGUACUGUACAAUCCACAAGCCCCUUUUUAAAAGUACAACAAACUUUAAUAACUGACAUGAUUGUAAUGCCAGAUGUGCAAAUAGUAUGUAUAAGUUCUACUGAGUGCGAUUUAAGAUUCUACGAUAGUGUGGCUAAAAAAUUUGACUUGAGAGUGGUGAUAUCAAGUCUAGAAAGAGCAGUCACUUGUAUGAGCUACUACUACAGUAAAAAUAUCAAGGAAGACUCAUAUAUCGUUCUUGGAGAUAUGAGUGGAUCUGUUAAACUUAUUUCAUUCUCCUCUGUGGAUAGAGGUCCAUUCAAACAAGAUCCCCAACGUGAUGUGUCGUUCUUUCGUUAUGAAUCUGUUCUAAAGGGUGAAGUACCAGGAUUACAAGUUACAGAACUUAACAGAGUGCAUACGGAUUGGGUAAAGCAGGUAGCUUACUAUGGGAGUCUGAAGGCUUUCAUGUCCAGCAGUAGAUGUCCCAUUUGUUCUUUGCUAUUUAGUGAUUUUACAGGAAAAAGAAUACAAUAUAUAUUUAAAGUUAACAUGGGAAUAACUUGCUUCACUGUUUGUGAAGAAAGCCAAAUGUUAGUAACUGGAGGACCUGAUUGCAUAGUUCGGAUUUGGAACCCAUUUGUGACAAAACAAGCUAAUUGUGUUUUUCAAGGACACCAUGCAGCUAUUUGCGGCUUAGUAGUUCAAAAUAAUGGCAAACGUGUUUACUCUCUCUCAAAUGAUAAAUGCAUCAAAGUAUGGGAUGUGGUAUCACAAUCUUGUAUUCAGGUUUCUACAUACAAUGGUCUUCCAAGCGAAUUAGGUGAACAUACAUUAAUGACUUUAAUUUACAAUUCAUUGAAUCAUAAAAUGAUUAUUGCUAGUUUAAUGAUCGCUGUAGUUAUUUGCGAUCCUGUAAUCAAUGAGGAAGUAUCAGAUGGUUACACUCAUACAAAACCAAUUAGCUGUGUCCUAUACAAUCAUCUUUACAAAGUGGUAGUUUCCACUGGCUUAGAUUCUUGUAUAAUAAUUUGGGAUCCAUGGCUUGGAAGUCGCUUAUACUUGGUAACACAUGCACACAGUCAAUUUCUAUAUGGUCAAUAUCAUGAUGUUGAGAUUACUGCUGCUUGCUUUGAUCAAGCUGAUCAAUUACUUGUAACUGGUGCUCGUGAUGGAUCAUUGAAAAUAUGGAAUUUCAACACUGGUACCUGUUUAAGGAAUAUGACACUUGACAAGAAAAAUGAAAUAACAAGUUUGGCUUGGAUAGAAAAUCGAAUUUUGUCUAGUGGUUGGAAUCGUCAAGUUGUAGAAUUUGCAACUUCUGAUACAAACAUAUUUAUAAAAAGUUGGGGAGUAAAUCAUACUGAUGAUAUUCUUUGCUCGGCUAUAUGGUAUCCUCAAGUAUUGGCAACAGCAACGCAUAAUGGAGAAAUAAUACUUUGGAGAUUGGAGACUGGUCAACCAUUUCGAAAGUAUGAAGUACAGAAUCCAACAGCCAGAUUCAACAUAAGACACAAAAAAAAUGGAGAUAGCAGGGAACAGAACUAUCAAAGACACUCCCAAAUUUCUAAACACCAACAAUCAGCAUUGAAGAUUAUAAGAACUGUUGCUGUACGAGCUAUGCUAUUUCUAAAUGCUCGACCAUCUAAACCCAAUGUUGGGACAUUAUUGGUUUCUCUUGAUUCUGGUUUAAUACAAGUUUGGAAUCAUCAUCCAGCUGGUGGAUUUUUGGAAGCUUUUCAUGUCAUUCACAGUGAGGGUGACUGUGCAUUGUCAUUAGCAACAGAUCCGAAAAACGAUUUCCUUGUAACAGGUCAUAAUAAAGGAUACAUUAAGGUUUGGCAUCUCACUAACUAUCUGACGCCAAAUGGCUCCAAAGUAUGUAUGUCUCUAUUAAGACUGGAGUUUCCAUUUCUAUGGAAAGAUAGAAUCGACGGAAGGGCAAAAAGAGCAGUCAGAAAUCAACCAUUGCCACUUUUGCUGACUUCUGUACGGGGUCACACGAAACCUGUUAAGUCUGUGCAGAUCAUUUCUGACACACAUAUUAUCGUUAGUGGCAGCACAGAUUGCACGGUACGCUUAUGGACAUUAGGUGGAUGUUAUAUAUCAACUUUUGGAACUUUCAAAGCAUGGUCACCAAUUUUGCCUACAAUUCCAGCAUACAAAUACUUCAACGACUACAAACUUCCACCUGAUGUUGCAAGAUCUGCAAGUUUUACUAGCAUGAAAUUGUUAGAGGGAGGUGAAAGAAAAGCAAUAAAAGAACGCAAGGAUGAUAUCUCAGAUUUCGUGAAAUCCGCGAUUAUUGAACGUCCUGUGAUAGAUGGGAGAAGACUUACAAUCUCAACUAUAGGGCCGUCAGUUUCAAAGAUCUUUCUGGAUUGCCCAACUUUGAAUACCUCGUUAUCAUAUAUACCUAUAUACACACACGUACGAUUAAAAUCGUUAGAGAAUAUUCGAACACCGAUGCUACCACCAAUUUUACAGCAGCAAAAAGAAUUGAUCAAGAAACGAAGCCGCAAUACGUAGACGAUACAUUGAGAACUGAGAAAAGUUUUCAUGUGUCCAAAGAAGCAACAUCAGGAGUGAAAUAAUUAAGGCGCAUUACAUUGAAUAAAAUCUAUUUCUUGUUAAUAACUAUCGCAUUUGUAUAACUACUUAUUAAUUAGCGAUAACUAAUGAUGCAUAAAUAAAAUAUAAUGAAAGCGGUGGUAUUUUGCCAAAUUGGUAAAAUUAGUACAUUAAAAAA